CAGGAUCGGCUGAGCCGCUGCUCCCUGCACUGCACGGACCAGGCCAAGGAUGCGCUGGAGGCAGGAGGUGCAGAGACCAAGGUCCGGGGGCAGCUCGACGCCUGCCUGGCCACCUGUGGGGACGAACACCUGCGGCUCGUGCCUGCCCUGGCCAAGAAGAUGAGGGACAGCCUGGCUGCCAUCCGGCAGUAG